CCCGACGAGCGGCACAACUACUCUCUGGCCUUUGACCAGCUCUUCAACCCCGAGGGUUUCGGCACCCGAUACGGACCCUCUACUUGCGAGACACGGAGCAAGUGGUACGACGGGACGCAACGGUCGCAGUGUUGCUGGUGGAACGGCAACUCAUGGCCCUACUCCACAGCCCAUGUGCUCAGUUCGGUGGCCGCACACCUACGCCAAUACACCAGUCAAAACCCGCGGGUAACCCGUGACCAGUAUUAUCAACUCUUGGAGACGUAUGCCAUCACUCAAUACAAGGACAAUAAACCAUAUGUGGCUGAGUGUCACUCACCGGCCGGUGAUUUUUGGGUUUGUGAUUCCCGCAAUCAUUCCGAGCAUUACGCUCACUCGACAUUUACCGACAACGUUUUGCACGAACUGUUGGGCAUCCUACCCCAAACAGAUAAUACCUUGAUAAUUGACCCGCUGGUGCCCAAAACGUGGUCAUACUUUUCGGUGGAAAACUUACUAUACCGGGGAAACAACAUUACGGUAAUCUAUGACAGCACUGGCGAGCGGUACGGAUCGGGUAAAGGUAUGCGAGUAUACGUCAACGAUCACGAAAUGGUUCACAAAGACACUGUACAGAGAGUUGUGGUAAACAUUACACCCGUAGACACUGACCACAGCUUACGACACGGGUCGGCCAACUUCGCUGCCAACCCGUAUCGGCGCGGGUAUCCCCGACCCUACGCCAGCUUUACAGACAACAACCCGGGCUGUGUUUGGCAGGCAGUGGAUGGCCGGAUAUUUUACGACUACGUGCCCAGCAAUCGGUGGUCUAACUGGCAGUCGGGAGCGCCAAGCGAUUGGCUGGCCGUUGAUUUCGGGCGCCCAAAGGCGGUCUCUAGUGUCCGACUGUAUGUCUACUCGGAUGUGGUGACCGGUGAGGGCCAUACCGACUGUCCAACAAAAAUGUUGGUCCAGUAUUAUGUCAGCGAUGGUAACAAAUGGGUGGACGCCGAGAGUCAGACGGCCAGUCCGGCCCAGUGCUCGCCCAACGAUCUCAAUGUUAUCGCGUUUAAAGCCGUUAACACAACACAAAUACGAGUUGUAUUCACACGUAAUGUCGCUAAAGACUAUUAUUGCGGUAUAACUGAAAUGGAGGUGUGGUCUGAGUGGCCGUCCGUUGCGGACACCUAUGAGGCCGAAGACGGUGUGAUAACCGACGCCGAGUUGGAGAGAUCGGCGACCGCUUCGGGUGAGGCAUACGUCGGCCGAUUGGACAACAAGGGGUCGUCGGUUGAGUUGAGCGGCGUUUACGUGAAUAAGUCGGGUGACUAUAAGGUGAGAGUGUUUUACGCCAACGCCGGCGCCCAGGACUCUGUCCAUGGGUUGGUUGUCAAUCAAUUGCAUACAAUGGAAGUCAAGUAUCGGCCGACAGCCGCCGGUUGGGGUAAUUUUGAUGAUAAGACUUAUGUUGAUGUGUCGGUGCCCUUACUUUAUGGCAAUAACGCACUGCAAAAACGGAUUAUGGAUUGUAACAUGGAUUUGUUUGAAAACAUACCAUUCAUUGAUAUACCGGACAAACACAUUGAAGACGUGUAUUACUAUCGGUGGUCAUCAUUAAAACGACAUUUACGGUACUUAACGGUUGGCACCGGGUAUAUGAUCACUGAGUUUGUGCACGACGUGGGCUAUAGCGCCAAGUUUGGGGUCAUUAACGCCGCCGGUGGACAUCAUAUAUACGAGGCUCGUUGGCUUCGGGAUACCAGCCUGGUUAAAGAUUACAUCAAUGUGUACGCCCGGCAACUUGACAGUCAGGGCAACCACCAGUACACCGAGUGGAUCGCCGACGCGGCCUAUAAUGCAUAUCUGGUUAACGGCGACAAAGAUUUUAUAGUCUCCCAAUUGGCCAGUUUUCGGCGUACGUACGACCUCUGGGCCGACCAUUUUGAGCCAUCGCUGGGCCUGUACUACAUAUCGCCACAACGAGACGCCCAGGAAUACUCGGCCGCCUCCGUACAGACUAAAGACAAAUACGGCGGGGGUGUGGGCUAUAGGCCGAGUCAUAACUCGGAAAUGUAUGGCAACGCUGUGGCCAUCGCACGCAUGUCAGCGCUCGCCGGCGAUAGAGAUAGUGAACGGGAGUUCAAUGAUAAGGCCCUAAAGUUGAGGGCAGCUAUUAUUGAUCACUUGUGGGACCCAAACAGACAGUUCUUUUACCACAUGCAAAGGGAAAACAACACAAACCACACACUGUUGGACACCCGGGAAGAGGUGGGUCUCUAUCCGUGGCGUUUCUCAGUGCCCGACGAGCGGCACAACUACUCUCUGGCCUUUGACCAGCUCUUCAAUCCCGAGGGUUUCGGCACCCGAUACGGGCCGUCCACCUGCGAGACCCGCAGCAAGUGGUACGAC